UGUUUGAAAUCUGUCAAAAAAAAAAAAAGAUGUGUGGAGAAACUUGUAAUUUAGAUUGAAGUUUACAUUUGGAAAUUCUGGUGAAAUGGGUCCUAGAUAAUGAUCCUGAAGCUCCGGGAUUCAGAGUUGAAAAGGAGUGAGUUUGGAUAAAGACAAAUCAAACAUCGAAUCCAACGAUAAGAGAGGUUUUGUACAAAGAAAACACCUCUCUGAUAAAGGCAUAAAGACGUAAACACACCCUGAGCCCUCGUGCCACCACAGACACCCGUCUGGCUGGCUGGCGUGUGCGCGCGCGCGCGUCUGUUUGGGUUUCUCGCAAGCUUUUGAUGAUCGCUGGCUCGCAAUCCACUCCGGCUUUUCCGCCCUGCUCCCGGCCAAUUUAUCCGAAGCACUAUGUGUUUCUGUGUGAGAGAAGCCGACUCUUGUUUACAGCAGCGAUUCCACGGAGGAGCGGAGACCAGCAGCCUGCUUCAACCGUAGGACUUCAGCCUCUGGAUAUACGCGCAACGGGACUUUUUCUUUUCUAAAAUUGCUCGCCUGCGCGAGGAUAAAGACGAAACCAGAAACACUCUCCAAGAGCAACUCCUUUGGACGUAUUCUCCCCCCCACCCUCCCCACCCCAGCCGAGGUCGUCUAGCUGGAGAGCUGGAGACCCAUUCUCUUGCGUGGCACAAGUCUGGUAUUUUCUUUCAGCUGCAAAUCCCGACUGACGGCGGAGACAAGUACGCGCAGAGAAGCUGGGAAAUUGGUUUCAAAAGGACUUGUCGUGGCGAGACGGGGCUGCUUGGCGUGGAUCGAGAGCCCGUGCUGUCUGAAUGGCAUAGGGAAAAAGGGUUUUCAUUCAUUUUUUAACCUCGGAGCCACCACCCCUGUGGAUCUGGACGUGUUUUCUGUCCCCCUACCACCGCCACCUCCUCCUCCUUCUCCACCUCCUCCUCUUCCUCUUCAUACACAGUCAUUCACACGGGGGCUUCUUGUGAGCGACACUGGCGUUAAUUUAAUAUGCUGGUUAAGGCUCCCCGUAACAACAUUUAGACUGAUAUUUUGAUUGUUAAUUCCGGGCCUGAACGCACCGUACGCGCACUGCUAUUUUCAAGAGAUGGAGAAUGAAGAUGGGGAUUACCAUCAUUUAUCCAGUGAAAUCACUGGCGUGUGUGCCAUACCAGCCAACGUCAAAGUGUCCUGUGACUGACGAAAAUAGCAGACUGUUUUAGUAUUUUUAUUUUUUUAUCAUAAUUUUUAUUUUUUAAAUCAAAGGAAUUCCCUGGUUCGAAACAUUUUCACGCAUUUACUCUUGAUUCCAGCAGACAGACAGGCGAGCAGGCAUUAGCAAGCUGCUUGAGAGUAGCCUCCUGGGCUACAGACACAUUUUCUUUUUUUUUUUAUCGUUAUUAUUUUCUUUCUUUUUGUGUUUUUUUUUUCAUGUUCAGGUUUCAUGAGCUGAUGUGCACAAGCCGACCGUUUUAUUUCAGUUUUGUCCGCCGCCUUUUUUUGUUUUUCUAAGAGAUAAAUAAUGUUGAGGAACGUGAGAUCAGAAACACGGAUGGGUUGCCCGACCUUGUUUUGGGCUCUGAUGCUGUCUGUCUCCACUCUCUGGAUAUGUUCCACAAACGGAGAGCCCUGCGGCCCGAGCAUCGACAUCCGAAAUGACAUCAGUGAAUUCAAGCGGCUUGAGAACUGCACGGUGGUGGAGGGCUACCUGCAGAUCCUCCUCAUCAACGACAAGAACAACAUCCACCAGGAGGACCUGCGCUCCCUCAGCUUCCCCAAGCUGACCAUGAUCACCGACUACCUGCUGCUGUUCCGCGUCGCCGGCCUGGACAGCCUCAGCGUGCUCUUCCCCAACCUGAGCGUCAUCCGCGGGCGCAACCUCUUCUACAAUUACGCCCUGGUGAUCUACGAGAUGCCCAGCCUGAAGGACAUCGGCCUAUACAACCUGAGGAACAUCACGCGAGGCGCCGUGCGGAUCGAGAAGAACGCCGAGCUCUGCUACCUGGACUCGGUGGACUGGUCUCUCAUUAUGGAUGCCGGCUUGAACAGCGUUAUCAGUUGGAAUAAGAAGUCUAAGGAGUGUGACGAUGUCUGCCCCGGCAUCAUGGAGCAUAACCCGCUUUGUCAGAAGACGCAACUCAAUGACAACAACAACUACCGCUGCUGGACCUCCAACCAUUGCCAGAAAGUGUGCCCGGACCACUGCAAGCUGGCCUGUAUGGACAACGGGGAGUGUUGCCACAGCCAGUGCCUGGGUAGCUGCACCGAACCCCACAACGACAUGGCCUGCUCCGCCUGCCUCCACUACAACCUCGAGGGCCAAUGCGUGCCAGACUGUCCGCCGGGCACUUACAAGUUCGAGGGCUGGCGCUGCAUCACGCUGGACCUGUGCUCUCAUGUGCACCUGCCCAGUGAUACUCACUUUGUCAUCCACGGUGGAGAAUGCAUGCCCGAUUGUCCCUCUGGCUUCACGCGCAACGAGACUAAUCGUAUGCUGUGCACUGCUUGCAACGGCCUGUGUGAUAAGGUCUGCACGUCCCCUGUCAUCAACUCCGUGGAUGCUGCUCAGUCCCUGAAGGACUGCACUGUCAUCGAAGGCAGUCUGGACAUCAACAUUCGCCAGGGAAUCCCAGAUAACAUAGCCUCUGAGCUGGAGAACUUCAUGGGGCUGAUCCAGAAGGUGACGGGCUAUGUGAAGAUCCGACACUCCCACGCGCUCGACUCGCUGUCCUUCCUCAAGAGCCUCCGUGUCAUCAAUGGGCAGGAGCUCAUCGACAACAUGUAUUCGUUCUCCGCCAUCAACAAUCAGAAUCUGCAGUCCUUGUGGGACUGGAGUCAGCACAACCUGACUAUUCGGGCUGGGCGUCUCUUCUUCCGCCAGAACCCACGGCUCUGCAUGUCUGAGAUCCACACAAUGUGGGAUAAGACGAACAUAGCUGUGAAGCCGGAGGAGGGAGACUUCCGCAACAACGGGGAAAGAGCCAGCUGUAAAAGCCACAUCUUGAAAUUCAAGUCUAACAGCACAAGGAGCCACGCGAUCAGUCUGACGUGGGAGCGCUACCAGCUGCAGGAUCGUAGAAACCUCAUCAGCUUCAUAGUCUACUACAAGGAGUCUCCUUUCCAGAACAUCACAGAGUUCGAUGGCCAGGACGGCUGUGGCUCAAACAGCUGGCACAUGGUGGACGUGGAUCUUCCCUGGGACGGAACCACUGAUCCUAAAGUCACCCUUCAGCAGCUCAAGCCCUGGACCCAGUACGCUAUCUUUGUGAAAGCUAUUAACCUGCAGGUGGAGGACAAACACAUCACUGGGGCAAAGAGUGAUAUUAUAUACCUUCGCACACGCCCGUCACUGCCAUCUGUGCCUAAAGACGCCAGAGCGUAUGCCAACUCCUCAACUAAGCUGGUGGUGAGGUGGUCACCUCCAGUCUUCCCCAAUGGCAACCUGUCCUACUACCUGGUGCGCUGGCAGCAACAGCCGGAGGAUAGGGAGCUAUACCAACACAACUACUGCUCCAAAGAGCUGAAGGUUCCCAUCCGGAUCUCAGCGACGGGGCUCUCGGACAUGGAAGACUGCACCAAGCCCACCAAGUCAGACCUGGCCGGGGGAGAGAAGAGGCCGUGCUGCACUUGCCAGAAGACGUCGGAGGAGAAGGACCGGGAGAAGGAUGACCGCCUCUUCGUCAAAGAAUUUGAGAAUUUCCUCCACAACGCCAUCUUUCUGCCGAGACCGCGCGACCGCAGGCGAAGAGACGUUUUUGGCGUUGCAAACAACACUCAUGACGGCGGUAGGGGGAACACCACCCUUGGCCCAUGGGAUAACAGCACAGAUGGCAUUCCCCCUGUCAAAGAGUACCCGUUUUCAGAAGACAAGAGCGUGGCGGAGCACUUGGAGAUCCCCAACUUGCGUCCCUUUACUGUCUACCGCAUUGAUAUCCAUGCCUGCAACGAGGAGGUGGGCAGCUGCAGCGCUGGAGCCUUCGUCUUCUCCAGGACCAAACCUGCAGUCAGGGCAGAUGACAUCCCUGGCAAGGUGAACUACGAGAGGAAUGAGAAGAUUGAGGGGUGUGUGUUGCUGCACUGGCCGGAGCCCAUCAUGCCCAACGGACUCAUCCUGAUGUACGAGAUCAAGUAUCGUUUGGGGAAUGAGCCUGAGAAACACGGCUGCGUGUCGCGGCAGCAUUACCGCGAGUACAAAGGAGCCCGGCUGACCAACCUGGGCUCGGGGAACUACUCGGCUCGCGUUCGCGCCACCUCUCUAGCGGGAAACGGCUCUUGGACGGAGAGCGUGUCCUUCUACGUGCCUCCGCCUAAACGAGAUGACGGCGUUACGUUUUACCUGGUCAUCAUAAUUCCCAUCUUAGUGACUCUUUUCAUCGCCGCCCUCACCACCAUCCUCUUCUUUGUUAACAAAAAGAGGAACAGCGACAGACUGGGGAAUGGAGUCCUUUAUGCAUCCGUCAACCCGGAGUACAUCAGUGCCGCUGAGAUGUACGUCCCGGAUGAGUGGGAGGUGGCCAGGGAGAAAAUCACUAUGCAUAAGGAACUGGGCCAGGGCUCCUUCGGCAUGGUGUACGAAGGCCUCGCAAAAGGAGUGGUCAAGGAUGAACCUGAGACACGAGUGGCGAUCAAGACGGUCAACGAGUCGGCCAGCAUGAGGGAGCGCAUAGAGUUUUUGAACGAGGCCUCUGUCAUGAAGGAGUUCAACUGUCACCACGUGGUGCGGCUGCUGGGCGUGGUCUCUCAGGGACAGCCGACCUUGGUGAUUAUGGAGCUGAUGACCCGGGGAGACCUCAAGAGCCACCUGCGCUCCCUACGGAAAGAAAAUUCCACCACCCAGGUACUACCCCCUCUCAAAAAGAUGAUCCAGAUGGCAGGGGAAAUCGCCGACGGCAUGGCGUACCUGAACGCCAACAAAUUUGUCCACAGGGACCUCGCUGCCAGGAACUGCAUGGUGGCAGAGGACUUCACUGUGAAGAUUGGAGAUUUUGGCAUGACCAGAGAUAUUUAUGAGACGGAUUACUACCGAAAAGGAGGGAAGGGCCUGCUGCCUGUCCGCUGGAUGUCUCCAGAGUCACUGAAAGAUGGCGUGUUCACUACAAUGUCUGAUGUCUGGUCGUUUGGCGUCGUGCUGUGGGAGAUCGCCACCUUAGCGGAGCAGCCUUACCAGGGCAUGUCCAACGAACAAGUGCUGCGCUUCGUCAUGGAGGGAGGACUCUUGGACAAACCGGACAACUGCCCCGACAUGCUGUUCGAGCUGAUGAGGAUGUGCUGGCAGUAUAACCCUAAGAUGCGUCCGUCCUUCCUGGAGAUCAUCAGCAGCAUCAAAGACGAUCUGGAUCCUCCCUUCAGGGAAAUGAGCUUCUUCUACAGUGAAGAGAACAAGCCGCCGGACACAGAGGAGCUGGAUAUGGAGGUAGAGAACAUGGAGAACAUUCCACUGGACCCUGUAUCCACGAGGCAGCCGUGUUCUGCUGUCCUUUCCCCGUCUGGUUGUGCGGGAGGCGUGCUGCCUCCUUCCACCCAGCAGUUAUCCCCCAUGCAAGGCCCGAGUACUCCAGUAUUACUGGGACCUAUGUCUCCCUCACCCCCGGGCCACGUCGCCUCAGCCUUGGCGUCUCCAGGACAAACCUUGGACAAGCACUCAGGACAUGUUUCAGCCAACGGGCCGGUGGUAGUGCUGCGGCCCAACUUCGAUGACAUGCAACCGUAUGCACACAUGAAUGGGGGCAGAAAGAACGAAAGGGCGUUACCACUGCCCCAGUCGUCGGCCUGCUGAUAUCAGACCAGCGCCUCCUCCUCUUACACAGGGUAACACAGACCUCUCCUCUAUCUCUUAAGGAGGGGUGGAUGAGGUAAGACUUUCUUCUACUGUGUGCCAGUAGAUGGUCUCUCCACUCCUUAAAGGUCAAACUCUAAAAAACUGAGAAACAGCACAGAAACCUGCUAAAGCAUUUGGAGUUUGGUGGCUCAGACUCAACACUGGGGGACUCCUUCCUGCGCUGCCUGUAUUUUACUCUUUGUUACAUACGAGUCCUUUAAAAAGGAAACCAAUGCAGGAAACGUAUCCUGACUUACGGAUUUACACGCUAACUUAAACGAAAAAAAAAUCACCUUUUUAGCAUAUCUGCCAGCAAAACCAACAGAAGAGCACUUUUUCCUGACGAUUUCAGAGAGGAUGCGACGGAUGUGGUGUUUUUAUACAAACACAUGAAUCUCUCCAUAAUACGGUAUGGAUCCAUUUCUAAAAUGACUUUCCAUCAAAAUGACUUUCUUUCCGUGAGCUGACCGCGCUCAUGUCGUGUGAGGAUGCCUCAAAUAUAUAAAGUUCGGACAAAGAUCAUUGAUUCAUUUUAAUAUUCACGUUACUUUGGGAUCCCGUCUGGUUUGGGUCAAAAAAUUGUAGGGGAGGGCCUACUUUGUAUCUGCCAAACUGUUGCCAAAUUAAGCUUUUUCUUCAAUUUCUUACAGGUGUCCCUUCUCGCUGAAGGCUGUGAUUCAGAGUUAAGUCUGUCGGGGGAAAAAAUACCAAAAUUGUCUGGUCGUUUUCAGAUUUCGUGCUUAUCUUUGGUACCAAAUACUCCUGGAGCAGUUUUGUAUGUGUGUGUAUGUGUGUGUGGGAUGGGGGGGGUUGUACCGGGACUGAAUACAUGACUCCAUGUGCUGCUUUCAACAUCUGCAGUUUUAGCAGAAUAUGCACCCUCUGCACCGCUGAAGCUAAACAGAACUGCACGCAUCAGCACUGAGUCUCAAUCAUGGGGGAUUUGAAAUGUGAGCAAAGACAAGUUUAGAGUCGGUGUUUGUCAAAUAAUUGAGACAUUUUCAUUAUGAAAUCAGAAGUCAUUUUUAAAAAACGCCAGUUAACGGUUAAAUAUUAUUAGACUGAAGAAUCCAGUCUUGUUAACAUGACAGAGCCUCACUUAAACAACAACCAUUUACACAUGACUUAUAGUUUCAGAGUUAGAUUAUUAUUUGGUAGCCUAUGAAAGUCAUUCUUCGAAGCAGAAAUAUCCUGAUCUUCCUCACGACUUUGGAUUAUUCAGUAUUAUAAUUGAUAGCAACUCGCAUUUCAAAAAUAAAGUCCAACUUUGGACAUAUUUGCAUCAAACAAGAAAACUUUCCCCUUCAGCCUUUUCGCUCGUGAACCGAGUCGGCAAAUCUCUGAAUCACAGCCUCGGCCUGUCGUUUUUUGUUUUUUUUUUGUUUUUUUCUCGAACAAAUUUUUAUUAUUUUUUAAAUCACCAAAAUAUCAAAGCAUCGGAAGUCUCACACUGCAAAUCACUGAACAUCACAGUCUAAGAGUACGACUCUGCCUCCGCUCUGGUUUCUCCGCAUCUUUUUACGGGUGCAUUUCAUGUGGGAGGUGAACGGCGUUCGCCGAUACUGCUGUUGAAAUCUAAUGGCACCGAGAAAACACAAAAAAAAAAGGCAUGAAACGAGAAGCUGUUGGAUUUCGGUAGUCUCGAAGGCGAGUCGCAGGGGGUCUCUUUUAGAAUUAGUUUCUCUACAUUUCAAACACAUAUAAAGGUCUUACAGUUGUAUUUUUGACUGCAGGAUCGUUUUUAUACACAUCAUUGGUUUUGUCACUUUUUUAAAAACCUUUUUACGGUUGGAAAUGUUUGCCUCUAUGUCUGUACAGAACAAAGCUGCUAUUUUAUUCUUUUCUCUCCCUCUCUCUUUCUCUCUUUCUCGGAUGUUCUGUAUAAAGAAAUCCUUCAGGUUUGAUAUUUUAUGGUCUCCACUACAGUCCAUUUCUAAUAUCCUCAAACUGUUUAAAAAAAUAAAUAAAUAAAACGACAAAAAAUUAGACAUUAAACCCCCCCUUUUUUUUCUGUUGGCCCAAAAAAUUUCUCUGUAACACUAUAUUUUGUUCAUUUGCCUUUUAUUUUUAUGAAAUGUUUCCUCUCUUGUAUUUGUUUUGUGGAUGUCUAUAUUAUUUUUUAUUAUUAUUAAUAUUAAUAUUAUUUGGAAUGGACACCUUAGCUCGAUGUGUGAGCGUGUACUUUCUGCACCCUUUUUUGUACUUGUUGUCUAGCACUGCGCCUAGCAUUGCCCUCUAGGUGCAACUCAAUCUCAGGUCAAAGUAAAGGCUUUGCUUUCUCCACACAUUCUCAUGAUCAUCCUGUACUCGUCUCACCUUGUAUACACUAACCUUUCCUACCUACCCCCACCAUGUGUCAAGUCAAAUAGUGCCCUCUUUCCUUCCCUCUGGCUCCCCCCAUUGACCUCUACAGCAAACUGUACCCGUUUCCCCCUCCUCCCCCGGUGCCUCCUUUUGAAGUCAGGAUUAGUUCCAGUAUACAAGAUGCGUACUUUACACCAGAUCUGGAAUUUUAACCCAUCCAUUUCCUGCCUCUCCUCAAUUAAAAUAGGGCUAAUUGGGUUUUCUUGUUUGCCUUAAUUACGCCACCCAUCCUUUAACCAUUUAAAAGUCUUUUUUUUUUUCCCCUUUUUCUUUUCCUUACACUCAAGCACAAUGCCACUUCUGCUAAUGUCACUUCUUCAAAGAGAGACUUAUUAUUAUUUGUCUUCGUAAAUCACUGCUUCUGAAAACCAAAUAAAGGAUGGGUUAAAGUCCAGGGAAGGGAACACAUUUCAAUGUCAUGAAUGGAAAAAAAAGGUCUUAAAAUGGCUGAAUAGUGAAAGUGUUUUUGAAGGAUUUCUCCUCAUGUUGCCUGGUGAUUUUUAUUUUAUUUUCUUUUUUCCUUUCUUCAAAGUUAUUUUUUUUUCUGUAGGAGUGUUAUUUAUUUAUUUUUUUAUUUUUCCUUUGUGAUAUCAGUUUAAAUCACUGUAUAAAUGCCCCUUGAUUCAGUAUAAAGUUGGAUUUUUUUGUA